AUGCACAACAUCCUCCUCACUGGUGCCUCUGGCUACCUUGGCGGCAGCAUCUUAGCCCAAUUACACAACCCCAGCAGUGGUAUAGAGCUGCCAGCCCAUAACAAGAUCUAUGAACUCGUCCGUAGCGACGCUCAAGCCCAGGCCGUCCGGGAAUAUGGAGCUGAACCGGCGUCGUUUGACCCAGGAGAUGAAGCCGCUAUUGAGAUGAGCGUCGAGAGACAGACGUUCUUCAUCCGUGCGCUGGCCAGAUUGCGGCAACAGACCGGCAAGGAGGUUCAUUUCUUGCAGACAUCAGGGGCAAAGAUAUUCUCGGAUUUAGCGGGAGCUCCAACAGAUAAGCCACUGCUAGAUACAGAUCACAAGCUGUAUGAAAUCCAGACUGAGCAGCAGACUCGGGCUCCAUUCCCGGCAUUUCAAAAGGCCGUUAGCACGAACAAUACUGUGAUCAGCCUUGCGGAGGAGCUUGGUGUAAAGAGCUACAUCAUUGCACCAUGCAUUGUGUAUGGCGAGGGGUUGGGGUUUGGCAACAAGAUUUCCGCACAGACUGUGGCUAUUGUCAGGGCAGCCAAGGAGGCAAAGCGUGUCUAUCGAGUAGACAAUAACUCUCCGACUUGGCCUGUAUGCCACAUUAGAGAUAACACUGACCUCUACAUUCGACUGCUCGCCGCCAUCCUUUCUGGGAAUGAUAAUAUCGGGCAUGGAAGACAAGGUUAUUACCUACCUUCGCCAGGCAGUGUGGCAUGGGACGACCUCUAUGCCCGUAUGGCGGUAGCACUGGCGAAGAAAGGCAUUAUAGAAGACGAGCAGGUCAAGUUAGCAGAUGACGAGGCCCUUGAGGUGAUGAGCCGCGGUCUAAGCUGUCCCAAAGCCUAUGUGCGCGUGCAAUUGGCUGGCAAAUGCACACUUACACCGAAGCACGGCACAGAAGCUCUAGGAUGGGCACCGAAGUUUGCGCCGGAACAUAUCCUAGAGACUGCAGAAACCGAGGUUGAGCUUAUCUUGAAGCACAUUUGA